AUGUCUAAUCACUCGCGUCCUUCGCGGUCGCCGCAACCGCCCAUCGCAGAGACAGACCGCUCUUCGGACCCCAGCUCCAAGUCCAAGACUCCAUCGACUGGCCUGUCUUCCCAGCACUCAUCCCUUUCGGCGCCGCGCCGCUACAACCCCGAUGCGCACCCGCCGCGCAAGUUGCGCUCGCAGUACCCAAGAGGGUCGACUGAGAACCACGUCGAGUACAUUCUUGUGGCAUCAUUCGACAUUGACCGGGGCCCAGUGAUGGAGCAUCAAUAUCCUGUGGCGAUCACAGGCGACGAACACAUGCUUGCCGAGCUCAUGUUACCCGACCAGGCCCAUGUGCGCAACCAGGACUGGACCAUAUUCUUCCUGCACAAGGAUACGAGUCAAGAGGAGGAAGACGAGGAGCGCAAGAGGAAAGAGAGGAGGCGUAAGAGGAGGAGGAGAAGACAAAAUGAGGCUGCAGGAAUCCUUGACGAAGAAGACGAGGACGGAGAAGAGGACGAAGAAGACGAAGAAGAGGAUGAUGACGACCUAGACGAUUUUGACGACGACGAGUCCACCGACAGCGAGCCAGAAGGUGGUGAGGGUCCGCCACUUAUCCACGUGCUCAACCUGGUCAACACGAAACAGGACAAGACUGUCAAGCGAGGCGCUGUUGUCAAGGCCAUGGCGAUUUGCACACGACACCCAUUUUUACACAUUUACAAGCCUUUAUUACUGUUGGCUCUGGAAGAAUACUUCAAAUCGCCUGUCCCAGAGACAUUGUCCAUGCUGUAUGACGCGGUCAAUGCGAUGGACCUGUCUCUCAUGCCCAAGCUCAGCUUGUUGGAAAGACAUCUUCUGCUGGCCAGCGACAACAAAGAUCUGUUUGUGGAAAAGUUUGAGCAGAUGAUCCAGAUGCGCCUCGCUGAGGACAGGGGCGAAGAGCUCGACGACCAGCCGUUCGACGUGAAUCGCAGCUUCUCAAAACAGCAGGGCAUCUCAAGAGCUGGCACCAAAGCGUACAUUGAGGGCCAGGGCCAGAUGCAGGCCAAGUACUCGGUACCAAGAGACACACACGAAUUUGAGAGCAAGGUUAUGUAUAAGGGAAUCCCGAUUCCGAUCAAGAUCCCAGUCGCGGUCAUGCCAGAGACCGUUGGCGACUUCUCCUUGAUCAAACUCAUCCAAAAGUUUUCUGAAUCACAUGGCAAAGCAGUGCAGCCAUUCCCACUGCACGCACACUUGACGACCAAUGGUCCGAACACGCACCCCAUCAUCGUCCUCGCCAACGCCUUGUUGACGCAGAAGCGAGUCAUCUUUCUCGGCCACAACUUGCCAUCCGGAGAGGUGGCCGAAGCUGUACUUGCAGCGUGCGCCUUGGCUUCUGGCGGCACGUUACGGGGCUUCACCCGACACGCUUUCCCUUAUACGGACUUGACCAAGAUUGACGAUCUGUUGAACGUCCCUGGCUUCAUCGCCGGCGUGACAAAUCCGACAUUCGAGCUGCACCCCGAGUGGUGGGAUGUUCUGUGCGACUUGCCGACGGGUAAGGUCAAGAUUAGCAGCAAAAUUGAGCCCGCGACGGUGACAGAGGGCAUGGUAUACUUCCAACAGCAGAAUCCAUCCUUCGCCGGGCUUGUUGGCGGCACAUCGAGAAUCUCUGCCGAGACAGAUUUAACAGGUGAUCAGGCGUUUAUGCAGGACAUUUUAAAGAGCAUUGCCGCGCGGCGUGGUGAACGGGUCAUCCGCGCAAAAUGGCGCGAUUGGGUAAUCAAGUUCACACGAAUCGCAGCCGCCUUUGAGGAGGGCGUAUAUGGUGCUAGUGCCCUAUAUAUCGGUGGCGAUGACUUAGACAUGGGCUCCACGGGGGUUAAUGGGCACGGCUACGUGUGGGUAGACGAGCCGUCGAGACAGAAGGAGCUCGCAGGCAACGUGACGAGGAUCGAGGGAUGGCGGAACACACGGAGCUACUACAGCUUCAUCCAGGACCUCGCACAAAUAUACACAAUCCGCCCGCUCAAGGGUCUGGACCUGCAUCACAUGCACGAUCGUCUACGAACGCAGCGCCUCAACCCGGCGCAGAGCAGAGAAAUCUACAUUGCCUUUUCCAAGUACAUUUUCUCUUACGACGAGAUCUGCCUCUUCCUCAGUGUGGCACCCGAGUCACACGCUGGCUUGUUCUACCUCGCAUUGGGCCUCUUCCACAAGGACCGCGAAGUGCGCACACGGACGGCGGACCUGUUGGAGCGCAUUGGCGAACAUGAGGCCGGGCAGCACUGGUGGAAGGGCCUCAGCAGGUUCGAGAAGCUGGCGUACAUGCGCAUCCGUCGCGAGACGGACGCCGACAUGCGCACAAAGCUGGAGAAGGAGGGGCUGAGUCCGGAGCUGGAGAGGCGGAUUAGCUAG